CUCGGUACUAUUUUUGUUCAUUUUGACAUUUGCCUAGAUAAGGGGAAUUGCGCACAAUUUUGGGACAGUGGUGGGCUCUUCUGAGAUUGGGGAUCUACCCGUUUUUUUCCUUGUCAGGAGCCACUCGAUCGAUACGCUCGAUACCGAUCGAUAACUGUGCAAAGGGAGGAGCUGAAUCAUGAAUGAGGCUGAUGACCAUCAAAAAAAAAAGUUUUCGCAUCACAUUUCAGGAGAGUGCCAGCAUCAACUCGAAAUUUCCGUCAUGGGUUAAAUUUUUCAGGCGGAGUUCGGUCUUGGCCUUGGUCUGGGCUGGGCUGUCACUGCCCGGCCUCGUUCGCCUAGCAAUGUCAGCCCAGCUCAUCCUGAGGAAGGCUGCGGCCGGGAUUGGGAUAUCGCGGUUCGGAUUCGGUGCCGGCGGGAGUGAAAACCACGGGAAGCAGGCCGGGAAGGGGAGAGGUAGGGAUAGAGCUUCCUUCUGGAUUUUUCAGCAAGUGAGUCACUGUAACUCGUCCAUGGGUACCCCUAAAUCUUCGAAACCAGCAUUGAAAAUUCAGAAGGCUCACGCUUCACAGUGCACCUCUGUUAGGUACAUCCCUGGCCCGUCCUGUUUUAGGGGCGGGAGAUUAUCGUGCCAUUUCUCCCGUUUCUAUCGAGCCAUGUUCACAUCGUGGGACGUGAUACGGCAGGCCAAGGGGGUAAAGAAAGAAAAGUAUCCGUAGUGGGAUAUUGCAAAGUUACAGUGCCGUUUGGAAGUUGCGUGGAACGAGAAAGGGCGUGUGCAGUUGAAGGUAAUCUAUUUGUCCAUCUCUCUUCAGAAGCAGCGAAGGAUCUGCGGCAAGGGACAGGA